CAUUUGGUUGCAUGAUCGUUUUCUUUCAGAAGUUUUGCAUAAAACUUUCGACUUUUAUCCUGUUUGGUUUCGCUGAUGCGAGCGAAUUGUGUACUGCAUGAAAAUAUCAUAUUCAAAAAAUGAUGAUAAAAUCGAAGAAUUUUCUCUCAAUGAUGUUUUUAAAUCAUUAUUUGCGCUAAAUGACUAGGUCUGGCAUACUUCUCAAGGUCAUUGAUCUCCCAGCCAUAUCGUACCGACAACACAGCGGAAGGAUUCGUUUGGUAAUUUGGCGAUGAAUUUUAGCCCUAAAGUAGAAUUUUUAAAAUUUCACGAAGGAUGUGUCUGUGGUGUUGCGUUUUCACCCGUGGUGAGUUCUAUGUUUUUAAUACUGAAUUAUGACCUUCUACCUCGAUUCAAUUUGUCUGCUUUCAUUCAUCACAAUCUCAAGCUUAAUACUGAUGAUAAUUCAUAAAUAGCUUAUUUUGCUGAAUCAUUAAAAAAUGUGGUUUAUGUGGCUAAUAUUUUGUAGAAUGAAACUAUUAUUUGUGAGCUUGCGUUAUCCUUUAUCCUUAGGAUCGGUACCUGUUUUGCUCUGGUGCUUAUGAUGGAAGAGUAAAUGUUUACAGUGCAAAGAAGUGCCAUCUUUUAGGAAGCUAUCCGGUAAGGCUGUUUCGUGUAUACUUCAGUGUACUUAACACCAACAAAAGUAAAGUUGCGUCAGUUUCACUCUGGGAAAUAGAGACGCAGUAUAAGCUACAUUUAUAAAGUCCGUUCGGUGCAACAAUAAAAAAAAUUCCAGAUUCCAGUUGUUUAAAAAGAUGGAGAAACUUUACUUGUAAAUUUCUGUAUUAUCAAAUGAUUGUUUUGACAUAAAUUUUAUUGUGACUGUAACAGGUGACAACAUUAAGUUUAGCCCGGAAUAUAAAAGCUGUUCGGUUUACAAGCGAUGGAAGAAAAGUAAGUCUUGUUACUUAUGAUUGUAGCCAGAGAAAACAGCUGACAUUUAGAAGAGCUGGUUUCCCCGUGAAAUGAUGUCUUAGAAACAAGCACAGAAAUCCCAUACUGAUAUACCUACCAACUCUCAUGCCUUAGGCGUGAGUCUCACGCCUGCGGGUUGAAAACUUCAAUCUCACGCCGGCUCACGCUUGCGGGCCAAUUUCUCACGCCUGAUUGAAAAAUGUGAUUUGUUGCCGUCUUGCUUGACACAAUUUCCAAAAAUAUGUUACCUCAGACCCAUGUAAGGAACAAAAACCAUGUGUAAAAUGAAUAAAUGACAAUACCUUCCUCACGAUCUCUGAUUUUGUGGAUAAGCGUUUUCUCGAUAACUUCGCCUUCGGCAGACUUCGGACGUCUUCGGAAGACUUCGGACUUCUUCGGAAGACUUCGGACUUCUUUGGGAAUCUUCGGAAAUGAUGGUGUCGUCUUCAAAAAUCCCAGCACUCCUAGGAUAAAAAUCUCACGCUUAUAUCUCAGAAAAAGUUGGCAGGUAUAUACUGAUGAUGUAUCACUGCCUAGAUCUGGGCAUAGUGCUUCUGAUAGGCUGACGCAAAUUUCCCAUGCAGUACAACCAAUCAGAAGCACUACCCAGAUCUGGGUAUAGUGAUGUGUCAUCACUAUGGUAUUCCUGUGUCAUUUUGCGGGGAAACCAGUGGUGGUGUCCCUAAAUGUCGGCUGUUUCAUUGGCUACUUAUGAUCGCUGCUCUUUUUCGUGUUUUAACUGGCAGUUUAUUGUAGUAAUUUAAGCCCUAGGUUGUGUUCAUAGAGCACUGGAUGAAUUUUUGACUGGUUGAAAAUCCUUAUGUUUAGGUGUUCCAUUGACUAGUUCCUGUACAGCAUUUUCCCAGUCCCUCUCAGUCAAUUCACUUCGGUGAUGUAUCCGAGGCAAACGGGCGGGAAACACAUUGGACCACGUGACCCGAAAUGCUUUGGCCGCGCGGAAAUAAUGAGGCCUAUAGGAACUAGGCAAGGUGUUCCAUCCCCUCGCAACCACCAUAACCAUACGAAAAUUCAGUUGCGGAGCCUUUCAAAUUUGACCGGCUUGGUGUGAACACUGUUUAAACUUUCUAAAUGUUUGUACAGCAAAUGCGUGGUUGGCUGGGUGCAUGGUAACUAAGCUGGAAGAGGUCAUUUUUGAUUUGCUAAAGUAGCAUCGUGUGCAUGGGCAGCUGUUAAAAUCACUGACAAAGGUUAGAAUUCAAACUGGGUUGUCAGUUACAUGUGGUAAGAGCGAUGAUGUUCAGGGUUUUCAUUAAGUUUCAAAGUAGACAGCUAGAAUAUAAAAGUAUAGGCCGCUUGGUAAUUGAGAGACACUGGUUAUCUACGUUCUCGAUAUCUCUAUGACUGAAAAUCUUGCGAAAAACCCAACAGAAAUGACAAAUGGCCUUUCAAAGUUUCUAUCUAAUAUUUAAUAGUCCACCUGGUGGAAUCACAAUAAAAGCAUUGGUACAAAGUUAAGCCACAGAUUCUAUUGUCCUGCUUCUAAUUAAAAAAAUACUGUCAAAAAAGUGUCAAGCAAUCCUAAGGUUUCUUUAAAAUGCACUUGUUAUAGUCAAUAAAACAUGUUCCGGGCGUUUUUUCCAAGAUGCGGCUUAAUACUGACACCCAAAUAGCAGAGCACCAGGAGUAAGGAAAUUUGGUUAUCUAUGCAUCCAAGAAAUUGUGGCAUGAUAGCUAUAGCACUCAAUUGUCUUCUAAUAAUGCCUUGGCUGCACCGAAAUGCCUGUCAAACGCGGGUCUGCGAAUGCGAGUGCAAUUCGCCUUUGGAAUCGUCUAGCUGACAAGCUUAAAAACAUGACAAAUGUCAGAAAGUAACUUUAAGAAACAUUUUCUCGAGAGAUUCUUAAACGUCAAUGCAAGUCGUAAACAUUUUAGUAUUACAAGGACAUUUUAAAGGUCACUGUAAUAAUUAGGUAGCUAUUUUUAACCAUUUUCAAUUUUUUACUCUUUAACAUCUUUUUACGAUAUCUUUAUUUAUAUUGUGGAUACUGUGGCAUGUCUCCCUGGUUUCCCUAUUAACCAGGUUCACCCGGCAUAUUAUACAAAAAUGUAUGGCCAUUAAAGACAGUAUCAGUCCUUGAGUGGAUGUGGGCUUAUCAUGUCACUCAGGUAGCCAAUCAGAACACAAGAUUCAUGAUCACCAGCCAGCCAAUUAUAUUUAUAUAAUAAAUGUAUAUGUCAGGAUUUAAUGGCGGUCAAAAAUGAAAAGAACAGUCCUACACCUGUAUUCAGGACUUUACUCACCCGGAUGAUCAUAUUCCAUUCUACUGCAUAUUAAUUUUUUUAGCUUGUUGAUAGUUACUUUUUGACAGUUGUUUGUUGUUGUAGAUUAUAGCAUCAACAAAUGCCAGAAGAUUGAUUGUUUUAGAUGCAGAAACAGGGGAGCAGGUGCUUUCUUAUGAUAACUGUAAGUAGAACAAUAAUUUCUAAAAUAAAUAAUGCAGUCGUAUCCCAAUAACUGUAACCUUCUUGGAAAAUCGAAACAAGUUUGACUUAUCAGCAGUUUGAGUUAGCGGGAGUUCAAAGCAAAUACUACAAAAAACGAAAUGAGGUAAGGGAGGAAUGCAAACUCAUGCACACUUCACUUCAAGGGUAGCAAGAUAUGUAUAUAAUAAUUGCUAUUUUGAAAAAGGAAUUAAACAACAAAGCUUGAUUAAUCAGAACAGUACAUUGUAUUUAAAUUGGAUUCAACUAAAGAAGUAAAGACAAAGAAUGCAUGGUUGGUUUCAAAAGAAUUCAAUGUUUUGAACUGCGGUUGAUGACUUUAUUUUGACUUAUUAUUGUGCUUAAAAAAGGGUUUGAGUUAUCAAGGGUAAAAUUGCAUAGACUGAAGUAAUCUCAAGUUUAAAAUAACAAAAAUUACCUGAAGAAGCGGAAGGGGGCCGCAAGCGAUCUUAGAAGGUAAUCAUGACAACCCUGAGAGCGGCACCCACCAGGCACUGUCACACUGAGAACCUCAGUGGAAAGAGGCACAGAUACUUACCAAAACAGCAUCCAGAGAGGACAGAGGGUUGGGGGAAAAAACAACUAGAAAUACUGCACAUAAAAGCAACAAGAGCAAAAUGAUUGACUCCUGUAAAAGCACUGUAAAAUCACAAAGGCCCUGCUAAACCCCAAGACCGCCCCACAUACAAUUAGUGAAGGAGACCACUGCCAACAUUGUCUCACGUUUAACCUCGCCUAAAUUACGUUUAGCCCCAUACAAAAACCCAACCCCUCUAGAAAAGUUCAUUUGAAAUCACAAAAUAGAUUAUUUCAAAGUGAAGGAUAAGGCCGUUUGCAGUUACACCGCGGUUUCUAUUGGAGACCCACACAUUGUUUUGGUUGGCAUCACCAAUUGUAGCUUGAACUUGUUGCCACCCGAAAGCAUCUAGCUUGCUGAUGGCACUCACUACAUGCAAGAAAAAACCUUUUUUACCCAGGUCAGAUUAUGUCUGAAAGUUCCAGACUUAUGAGUACUUGACUCAAUUGAUAUUAUACAUUUUUUUUAAUUUUAAGGUGUUUACAAUGGCCCCGAUCGGACAGGAUUAGCAGUAGAUGCUCAUACUGGUCCUAACAUUGCUGCCUGUUGCUGUGUCAAUGGGCGGGGCUUAUCCAUGUUUGACUUCAGGAUGCCCCUUCCCUUGGAUUUCAUUUAUGAUGUGAGUUGUUCUUCUUGUUGUAUCCAUUAAACAAAACAAACCCCUGGGCAUCUGGUUCCUCAGAAGAUGGUUAAGUUUAUCCCAGCUAGGAUUAAGCCAAAUUUUAAGCAUUAGGUUUUCUUGGCUAAAUAUAGAAUGCAACCCAAGUUUACAGAAAUUUAAUGCUGUUAAGCCUUUUUUUUUAAUUACUCUGAGAUGUACCGUAAGCAAUGCACAGGAAGGUAAAAUGCAAAAAUAAAACGGACCAAAAUCAGGAACUCAGUGUUAGGGAUUCAUUCAUUGGGGGGGGGGCAGUAAGAGGAGAUGAAAUCAAAUUGUGAACUGGUUUGAGACACCCUUAAAGCUGACAUCAGAUCCCACAAUGAUACUGAUACUUACAUGGCUGAACGCAUUGUUACACUGUAGUUUUAAAAUUGAAGAGAGACAUACAUCUUUGGUAAUCUCAUUUGUUUAUUUAAUCAUCCAUUCAUUUCUUUCUGCCUUUCUUCAUUAACUCUAGAAGUCAAUAGUUUUGACUUCAUUAUAUUGGAAUAUUUACAAAACUACUUGAAAAAUUAAAAAGAAUAUUGUGAUUUAUGAUAAGUUUAAAUUUAUAAAUGGUUCAAAAUUCACUGUAUAAAUAUUAUUUGUAACAAAACUUUUGCAUACGCUGUAUCUUAUUCUGGAAUAAGAUCAAUCAAACCCACCCUAAGUGGUAAUUAUAUAUAUACUUAACAUUAUGUUCUACCUGUGGUUUUGCAGCUUUACAAGCAUCUCACAGCUGAAUCUUUUUUUUUUCAGUUACAUAGUAAUGUUAUUCGUGAUGUGAUGUUCCUUCAUGAAAGCUGGCCAUGGUGCAAGGGGCAAAAUGCAUUGUUAACUGUGGCAAUUGAUGGAACGGCUAAGGUAUUUUAUGGAAUCAAUGACAGGCAAUAAUUUUAUUUAUUUGGGGAGUUAAAGGAGCGAUGUCAAUACCUCUCUCCUCCGCAGAGGCUCCCUCAGGGAAUCCCAAUAAAAAUAAUAAUAAUCAAAAAAUAGAAAAUGUCGGGAACGAUAUGUCAAUUGAAUUCCAAAAAUAAUGGUCCAUGUUGUUGCUUAUAAGCCUUUAUCCAGGAAUUAGAACCAUUUUCCUGUUUUCUGUAGAGCACCGAUGGCAAUGAUGGGUAUGGAUUAAAUCUUGAAAAAGUUGGGCCAAACCUUUUCAAGUUUUAAUGUUAUUCAUGUGAAAAUCACCUAUUUUAUAAAAAAUUAUUAUGGAUAUCAUCACCCCUGAUGAAAUUGAUUUUGUCUGAUUUCUUCUUCAUACCUGUUACUGUACUGGAGUACUGAGUAAUGAGUUUGAACAGCACAGCAAUUAAGACGGAAUCCAUCAGGAAAUUGAGUAAUUUUGAUUUUCAGUGCACAAAAAUCUUGUACCAGAAUAAUUAAAACAAUAUCGCAUUGUUUUUUACAUUUUCCAAGGGCUAUAGAUGUACUUAGUUAUCUGUUAUAUCGCCAAAGAAAAUUUCUUAUGAGAGCCCAAGAAGAUAAAUAUCAUAUUUCACAAAAUGGCAUCUUACACAUGAAAUUUUCAGAAUUUUACCUGUGUUUUCACAAUUCUUGUGAAAUUUGACAUUUAUUUUCUCAGGCUCCCAAAAGAAAUUUUCUUUGGUGUUGUUACAGGUGAUUAAUUACAUUUAUAGCCCUUGAAAAAAUGUAAAAAAGAAUAUGACAUUCUUUAAAUUAUUCUGGUACAAGAUUUUUGUCCACUGAAGAUUAAAAUUACUCAAUUUCCUGAUGGAUUCUGUCUUAAUUCUUGUGACGUACCUCCUUUAAUGAUCCCCUCAUUCUCUACACAUUUCCCACUCUAUGUUGUUCCACCCAGCUUUUCAGCAUGCUGUGUGGCAGUCCCACAGGUACGGUGUCAUUAAACGCCGUAACCCAUAACACCUGUUACGGCUUAAAGCUCACUUGAUGUUACGGGUGAUAAAAGUAUAAAGCUUAAGGUGACACAAAAAAUUUUUGAAGAUAUUACGGGUGAAUCUUCAUUUUUUGCCAUGGCCGCUGAAAAACUUAAUGACAGUCCUGACAUGUACAGUGUAUGGUAGGAUGUCUGAAUCAUUACCUUAUUGCUACCUGUAUGAAUAAGUAGACUCUCUCACUGGCUGAUAAUCUCAUUUCAUGACUGAAUGACGGACUCAACCAGAGUGUCUGGCUGGCUAGCUGAUAGCUGUCUUAAUUGAAAGACUGUAGACUGACUUGACUUCAGUCAACUAACUCGAUCAGACUGCAUAAAUUAAUGAGUGACUUAAUGACUGCAUGACUAAGUGACCAACUGCAAUGACUGACUGACCUGACUGACUGGUAUGACUGGCUGACUGAGAGCAUUUCCCAUCGUGAGCGGGGGGGAGUACUUUCUCAUAAAAUUAUAUGAUGGGGGUACUCGUCGUCUCCCUAAAGGGUGGAAAUUAAUGCAGAUUUUGGUCUCACUUAGAGUGUUCAAGAGCCCGCUUCUUGAAAGUCCCCAUAAUUAAUGGGCCUGUAAAGCUGUUGUUGUUUACAUGCAAGAUAGAGGUUUCAAUAGUUUUGCAUCUAGCUUGAUUAAACAAUGGAGUAGUUUGCUAGCCAGGACUAGACUACAGGUAGUCCCCAUUUUUCCUCAGGGAUAGUAGAGCAAGCAAAACACGAGCGCGCAUGAAAAUCACCCAUGCGAGAAAAGGCGACACACAGCGGGGAGAGAGAAAAAUGAGGCUUUGUCUGUAAUCCCUCAUUUUUCACUCUCCCCACCAUGUGUUGCCUUUUCUCGUGUGGGUGAUUUUCGUUUGUGCUCGCAUUUCACUCACUCUACUGUCACUGAGGAAAAAAUGGGGACUACUAUUGUCUUGUAGUCUAAUAAAGCCAGGACCUGCAAUCUUUUUCUUUAUUUUGAUUUGAAAAUUUGAUUUUGGGCCCGAAAAGUUACCGAGACUUUCGAGAAACGGUCCUCAGGAUGGAAAGACAAUAUUUUUACCCAUAAAGAUAUCACUUGGGUUGUGCAUAAAGAAAUUCCUAAUAGAAAAAAAUAACAAAUGUCAUCGUUUUUUCGUGAAGAAAGGUGUCCUUAAGAGGUCAAAUAAAGCCAAAGCCAAUUGCCCAGAUUGAUCUCCUUUAUGGGUUUAAGUCUUAUUUUCUGGCAAACAUUCCCGUUAUUAUUAUAUGAGAGUCCUGUCCCUAGUUCAUGUGCAUUUGGCUACAUUAUUGACUGACAGUACUAACUGACAUCACUGUCUAUAAAGGCAUUCUGGCUUACUGUCUGAUAGACUCGCUGACUGACUAAUGUCUGGCCAACUCACUGACCUGGCUGAAUACUGUGUUAUCCAGUUGACAAAAUUUCAUAUUCUAGGUGUCUACAGUUGAUGGCCGCACUCUUCAGAAUACAGAACUUGGCUCCAUGCUAAACACGGCUGCACCAACUCCUGAACCCUUCGGUUCUAUGGCUGAUGAUGGAUUUUACAGUAAGAUAGCAAUGACCUUAUAUAAUAUGAAGAACAGACAUAAUAUUAUGAAUGAUAACAUAAUAAUAAUAAUAUAACUAUAACAAAAUUCUCAAUUCUGAUUGGCUAUCAACUGUCCUGAUUUCAGCACUUAUAUUUUACAGGACAGUGUAUUAUUAGGACAGUACACGUCAUGCCUGUAAUUGGACAGUAUGUGCCAUCACACGCACGAACAGUUAAUUGCUUUUUUUUUAAACUGCUUAGCCAAAGAACUCUCAAACUCUCUUGUGUUGUAAGUUUAAAAAAAUCCUAAAAUAUCACUAAUUAAUUUUUGUUAUAGUUAUGAUUAAUUGUUAACAGAACUUUGUGUCUUGGGUCCAAUUCAGCCUGUAAUCAUAGAGUGAAUAAUGGACUCCUAAUCAGUCUUAUUACCAUUAUUAAUUAUUGUACAAUAUUGUAACAUACAGAAAACUUAGACUGUGGAUAUAGGCUUCUUGAGACUUUUGUCAACAAUAAUGUUGAGAACAAAACACUACAAAAUUCUUCUCACAAGCAUGACAACCACUGACCUGUUUAACAGAACAUGGUCCUAUAUCCAAGAGAAAAUGAUGAUUACUUCACUAGACUGAUAAGAAAAUAAUGCAAACUGAAUUUAAACAAUUCACACACAUAGAAAGUAGAUAAUGCGUUUAUUGCAACACCUCACAAAGCUGUGAUGGGGCAGCAAUAUGAAUAAUAAAUUGAAGCCAGCCAAUAGGUAAAAAAAUAUGGUAAAAAAAUUGCAGAACAAAACAAAAUGGCCAAAGAAAGCCAGGUAAAAAACUUCCUCUGCUGGUAUUCGAACCCCAGUCCUUUAAAGUCAUCUCCUUGCCUAUUGCACCAUAUGUCACCAAGUCUUAAACGCUUGUGUGAAAUUAAUAUCUUUUAGGUAUUUGCCCAUGAAAUAACCAUAUCCAUAUCCACCUUUCAUGAAUAAAACAUAAUAAUAGUGCAAGUCAUGUUGCUAACUGGAAACCUUUAAACUCAAUGUCAUGCACAGUUGAUGAUGUCAAUGCAACUACCAUCCAGAAGUCAAGAUAUAUAAAAUAUAAUAAAGCCAACUUGUGUUUCUGCCUCACUGUGCGAUCCACACACGAUGUGAAUUUCAACAAAAAUAAUAUUAUUAACUCGCUUCACAAGGACAAUUUCACUGAGACUGACUGGUGAAUGGUGGGUAGAAUAUAAUCCCUUGUAAAGCAUUUCAGAAUAAUCAGAAAUGAUGAUUUUUUCCCUGUCUUGUUGUGCAAUGUCGUUUAGGUCUCAUUAUGUUUGGAGGGGAGUUUUUGACAAGUUUUGUCCCAGAAGUUGGGGUUCAAGAACGUAUGAAAGAACAUGGGAAAGAUCCAAAGUUAUGGAAAAUCAAGUAUGGAGAACAUUUUAUGAAUUUAAGAAUUUCCUUGAUCAAGAGUCAAAGUGAUGUUAUAAAGUCAUUUGGUUGAUAAGACCAAGUAUGAAAAUAAUAUUUUUGACGUGAAGAGUUUGUUUUUCAGGUACACUUCUAAUGGAAGUACACUAUUUACUGCCUGUGACAGAGGAGUUGUUCGCAAGUAAGUCAUACUCUGUGGUAACUGGCAUUAGUGAUCUCUUGACUAGCUGUUAACAAUAUUAAUUUGCAACUAUUCUUAAAUCAACAGAUGUCAAUUACUGUUAAACGUCUAAAACUUAGCUCCUAUUAUGUAGCCACCCCUCUUUUUAGCCAGGACUACUAAAAUUAUCAGUAAAUCAUUGAAAACAGAACAUCUGUUAAUGUUACUGUCAGUGCUUAAUUAUCAAUCAACAGAGGUUAGACUGUAGGUACAACUUGUUAUUUUUAAUAAUUAAAUUCAAAUCUUACUUUAAUAAUGUACUUUAAUGUACCUGUCACUUCCUUCAAAAAAAUUCAGCCCUAUUAAUUUCAGUAUGUGUGUUGCUAUAACAAUGUUGAAGUGUACACACAACAUGAGCCGGGUUUCUUUAAUUCUGCUUCCAAAGCCAUUUACAUAUUUGUACAAAAUGAACCUUAAAUUUAUAUAUAUAUAUAUAUAUAUUUGUUCUGUGAAUUUGAUCAAGAUUGUUCAUAAUUUGUUCUUACAGAUAUCGACGUUUUCCUGAUCAUCAUGAGUUUGUAGAGGAUUUGUUCUGUCACUCAGAUGCUGUGGAAGACAUUGAUAUUUCACCUUAUGAUGAAUGUAUCUUUAGCUACAUGCAUUUUAAAUGUACUUCUAAUUCUCAGCAGACGUGAUUGUGCAUAGCCUUAUAGAACAUAACCAACAUUUCAGGAUGCCAGGAAUGAGCAUAGAAAUUCUGUUAUACUGAUGAUGUGUCACUACUCUCUACCCAGAUCUAAGUACAGGUAGUGGCCAGUGCCGGAUCCAGACCUUGAGAUAAGGGGCGGGGGGGGAUGGGACCUGGUCAUCGAGGCGCUUAGAUAAGGGGAGCCCAAAAAAUUUUUUUAGGUCUAAAAAUAAGGGGGGCAGUUGUGGGGGGGUGGGGGGGGGGGUGCCUUCCCCUCCCCUGGAUCUGCCACAAGUGGCACAUCAUCAGUAUAGAAUUUAAGAAAAUUUAUGGAGAUCAGUCUGGAGAAUUUGUAGGGGGAUAUUGGGCUUAAAGGGGUAAGGGCUUUGAUGUACCAGUGGCACAUCCUCACUUAAAAAUCCACAGUAAGAGUGUAAAUCUCUCUCGUUCCUUAGUUUGACUGUGGUUUUAUUUUGUUCUCCUUAACAUAACUUUCUUAAUAGAUUUAGUAACAGCAUCAAAGGACCAAACUGUUGGCGUAUAUCGAAUGGGACCACCAAGCCAUGGCAUUACAGAGUAUGGAGAGAUAAGAUAACAACAGAGUACAUACCAGCAUUCUGUUGACUGCCUGCAAUUGCCUAAAGAUCCCAAAGUCAGGGUCAACUCCUCAGGAAAGGGUUCUGAAAAUUCAGGGGUGUUGGAUUUUGUAUAAAAUGCACUGGAUUCUUAAUGGGAUAUGGCCAUUAUUGUUGACAUAUGCAAGCUAUAAUCAUGGAAAGGAAGCCAUCUAAUUAUCAUAGUGUACCUUACACACUGUAUAAUGAUGGUGACUAUCAGUCCACAAAAAAUAACCUUGGCCAGUUACAUGUAGUAAGCUUGUUUGCCAUGUUUGGUCAGAGGGCUACUCACUUACAUUUGGGGGAAAGUGAGACAUUAUGCAAUCUGAAUCUGGAAUAAGGACUUCUCAAGUUCAUUAAUAAUUCAUAAUUCAAGCCUACCAGUCAACACCUGUAUAUACUGCAUCGCGUGGAUGCAUACCCAAUGAAAAACUAGAUGAAAGUCUUAAAGAUUUGAAUACAAGAACCAAAUGUUGACUGAUUCUAGAAAAAUCAUGUGACAUGAAUAAAUUAAUUCUAAGUAAAUUAAUAACGUCUCAUGCAAACAACAAACAUUUAUUUCUUUUAAAGAAUGUAACAGAAUAGUUGAGUAAUUCACAUAUUAUCACAGUUCGAAAUGUCCCAAACCUAUACUGUAGGAAGAAACAACACAAGUUACACAAAGUUAAAAUGCAAAGCACAAAUAAAACCUUUCAAAAUCAGUUGAAAUGAUACCUUUUGUCACUAACAGCCAAAGAAUCUAAUGAGCCCUCACCAUUCGAAAGGGAUAUCAUCCACCUGACUUAUUUGCAACCUGUUGCGUGAACUUGGAUAGCCUUUAGUUUAGACUUUUGGCAUUCAUGAUUUCAAUGUUUUCAGUCAACUCUUGCACAUCUAUACCAAUGUCUUCUCCUUUGAACAGUCCGCCUGGCUCAAAAGUGCAAAUCUUGAGCGCUUUUUGCUCUUGCC